AUGAAAGUUACCGUAUCGAACACAACAUUAGAUAAACUGAUAAAUGGCAUUGAUUCUAGGUUUAAUCAGGAAUCAUUACAAAUCAUCAAUUCAAUUGGAAAUAUGGUGAAAUUGAAUACUGGUGAAAAUGUAUCAUAUAAAUGUAUAAAAGAACAAUUUGGUGUAUGUGAAGAUGAUUUGUGCACAGAAAAAAUAUUAUUAAAAAAUAUGACGGAUAUACCAAAUGGUGGUAAUUCAGUUAAAACAAUACAUGAAUGGUUAGAUUGGCUACAAGAUUCUAACAAAAGUGAAAUUUUUUCUAACUUUUCUAAAGCUUUACAGUUAUUUAUAACAAUACCUACCUACCUGUUACAAAUUGCAGUUGUGAACACUGCUUCUCAAAAAUGA